CCCCUUAGUGAUGGUAAUGCCGAACAGGGCCAUUCACUUUCCCCACCUAGGUUCUGCUGAUCACUUUGGUGGCUUUUAAGGCCCCCCACCUCCCGUCUCCAAGCUUUUGUCCCCCCCCACUGACUGGAUUCACACCUGCACAGGGCCGGUUUUAUGCCAGUGGUGUGAUAAAAUGUCGGGCAUAUUGGACCACGGUCCGGACGAAUCGCGGCUUAUCUACGUAUCCGCCGUGCUACGAUGACGGCUGAGCAAAGGAAAGUAGCCGCAACACGUGUGUGGAGCCACUCGAGCCGCCAUGUGAUGAUGGCACACAGCACUGAUCUGGAAUUGGUCGGACAAUCCCUCCGAUAUGUGCCGCACAUUUGUCUCCCUUCAGCCCAUAUUGACUAGUGCAAAGCUGUCGCAUUGACAGAGUGGUGAUCAAUGCUAAAGCUAAUGGGGAAAAAAAACAACACUUUUUAUGUUCAUCUGUUUUCCAUUCUGCUGUUUUGAAAUUUUGAUUCAUAAUUACGUGUCGUUCUUUGGCUGCGCGCCAAUGCCGAAAAAAUUCAGAGAGCAACACAAAAGUUGUCCAGCAAAGAAUCCUCCUGAAGCCCGAAGCGUAUCUUUGGGCAGCAGGAGCGUUUGGUCCUGAUGAGGAGGGAGUGCAGCGGCCCGGCCGACGAUGCAAAGUAAUGCAGCGAGGCCGCGCCAGGAUUGGCCCGAGGGAGAGCCCCACCUCUGUCCCACUUCCUGGUGGCCCAGGGGGUUCACCUGAAGGGAUGGGAGGGGAAAAAAAAAACACAAAAAAAAAAAUCCCUCAGUCCGUACAGGUGUGGUUUGGCAGGAGGAGUUGAGGAGCGUUCAUUUCAGCCAUGCAGGGGGGACAAGACACACCUCUGGGGACACCGCAGCCGCGGACGCGGUGCCUGCGAUGCGGGGACGCACUGGAGUGGUCAGAGGAGCACAGUGUCUUUCGGGGCUGCUCCUACUGCUCCGCAGCGGAUGGGAAACUGGAGAAUGUAGCCAGAGGCCUGGCCAGCAGAAUGGAAAGGCAGGAGGUUCACUGGGGAGCUGGGAGAGUGGGCGACAUAGACUUCACUGGCCCCACUAAGACAAGAGGAAAGUUCGUGAGGGUGUGCGGCAACACAGACCCGGUGCUGAUCUACCAGACGCUGACGGAAGCGUGGGGCCUGGCUCCGCCCCACCUGGUGGUGGCGCUGGUGGGAGGAGAUGAGCUGGCUCAGAUGAAGCCCUGGCUCAGGGACACGCUGAGAAAAGGGCUUGUGAAGGCUGCACAGAGCACAGGGGCGUGGAUUUUGACUAAUGGCCUUCGCUUCGGCAUCACCAAGCAACUGGGCCAGGCGGUGAGAGAUCACUCCUUGGCCAGCACCUCCUCCAAAGUACGCGUAGUGGCCAUUGGCAUCGCGCCCUGGAACAUGAUCCACAACCGAGAGGCACUCCUCACCGCCAAGGUGGAUGAGCCUGCUGUGUACAAGCCACAGGACCUGCCUCAUGGCUCAGUGUAUUCCCUGGACAGCCACCACUCUCACUUUGUGCUGGUGGAGGAGGAUCCCAACAGGCCCGGGGCCACCAGUGAAAUGAGGGUGAAGCUGCUCAAACACAUCUCUCUUCAGCGCACUGGUUAUGAAGGCGCAGGCAGUUUUGAGAUCCCUGUUCUGUGUCUCUUGGUCCAUGGAGAACCCAAGAUCCUCAAAAGGAUGUAUAACGGCAUUGGCAAUUCAACACCAUGGCUGAUCCUGGCAGGCUCGGGAGGCGUGGCCGACAUCCUCGUCACGUUUAUGAAUAGGGGCUGCUGGGAUACGGACAGUGUUCAUGAGCUGCUCCUGGACACCUUUCCAAAUGCCCACCACAGCACAGACAUUAGUAACUGGGUCAAGCUGAUCCAGAAGAUACUUGAUCAUGGGCAUCUCCUCACCGUCCACAACCCUGAACAGGAGAGCUCUGAGCUGGACACGGUGAUCCUCAAAGCUCUAGUCAAGGCUUGUAAGAGCCAAAGUCAGGAAGCUCAGGACUUCCUGGACGAACUGAAGCUGGCUGUGGCCUGGAACAGGGUGGACAUUGCCAAGGGUGACAUCUUUAAUGGAGAUGUGGAGUGGAAGGCAUGCGACCUUGAAGAGGUGAUGAUGGACGCACUGAUCAAUGACAAACCGGACUUUGUGCGCCUUUUUGUGGACAACGGUGUGAACCUGGGGGAGUUCCUUACCUACGGUCGUCUGCAGGAGCUUUACCGGUCUGUGUCAGAGAAGAGCCUGCUUCACAACCUGCUCCUGAAAAAGUACGAGGAGAAGCAGCUUCUGCUUGGAGCCGCCAGGACACCUGGCCCACCCGGGCACCAUCCGUCCGAGCACGGGAAACCCCGCUUCACCCUCUACGAGGUUGCCAAAGUGCUGAAAGACUUUCUCCAUGACUCCUGCAAAGGCUUUUACCAGAAGAUCCCCACGGAGAAGCCAGCAAAGGGUCGGCUGUUCCACAGCCAGAAGAAUCUGGCUGAGUUAGAGGAGCGCUGUGAACAUCCUUGGAGGGAUCUUUUCCUCUGGGCUGUCCUUCAGAACCGACAGCAGAUGGCUAACUACUUCUGGGCCAUGGGCCCCGAGGCGGUGGCGGCAGCACUGGCGGGUUGUAAGAUUCUGAAAGAGAUGGCACGGCUGGAAUCUGAGGCUGAGUCUGCACGUAGUAUGAAGGAGGCCAAGUAUGAGCAGUUUGCCCUUGAUGUCUUUGGAGAGUGUUACUCCAACAGUGAAGACCGGGCUUAUGCUUUGUUAGUGAGGAGAACACGCUGCUGGAGCAAAUCUACCGUCCUUAAUUUGGCAACUGAGGCGGAUGCCAAAUCCUUCUUUGCCCACGAUGGAGUUCAGGCUCUCCUCACAAAGAUUUGGUGGGGGGCGAUGACGACGGACACAGCCAUUUCCAAACUCGUGGUGUCUUUCUUCUGUCCGCCGCUCAUCUGGACCAACCUCAUAAAGUUCAGUGAUGAGGACCUUGAUAAUCAUAACGGCCGUGAGCAGUUUGUGGAGCUGGACAGUCUGGAUACGGAGAAGGCUUUACUGUUAACUGACGACGAUGACCCUUUGGACUCUCAACCUGGAGAUCCAACAGCUCAGAGCUGUGCCUCUGUCUGGUGGCGUUUCUUACUCCGCCGCUGGCGUCGCUUCUGGAGCGCUCCUGUCACUGUGUUCCUUGGUAAUGUCGUCAUGUACUUCGCCUUCCUCUUCCUCUUCACCUACGUACUCCUGCUAGACUUCCGGCUGCCUCCACCCUCUGGCCCUGGAGUCCCAGAGAUAAUGCUGUACUUCUGGGUCUUCACCUUGGUGCUGGAGGAACUUCGACAGAGCUUUUUCACGGAUGAAGAGAUGAACAUCUUGAAGAAGUUCAAACUCUAUGUCGAGGACAACUGGAACAAGUGUGACAUGGUUGCCAUCUCACUCUUUGUUGUCGGGGUUUCAUGCAGGAUGGUUAAUCACACCUAUGAGGCGGGAAGGACAGUCUUGGCGAUAGACUUCAUGGUUUUCACUCUGCGUCUGAUCCACAUCUUUGCCAUUCAUAAGCAGCUGGGCCCCAAGAUCAUUAUUGUGGAAAGAAUGAUGAAGGACGUUUUCUUCUUCCUCUUUUUCCUGAGUGUGUGGCUCAUCGCCUACGGCGUUGCCACCCAGGCUCUUCUCCACCCCAAUGAUCCCAGGAUUGACUGGGUGUUUCGCAGAGCCUUGUACCGCCCCUACCUGCACAUUUUUGGCCAGAUCCCUUUGGAGGAAAUAGAUGCUGCUCGCAUGCCCGAAAUUAACUGCACCAGUGACUCAGAGGAGAUUAUCAUGGGGCUACGACCGCCAUGUCCAAACAUCUAUGCCAACUGGCUGGUCAUUCUGUUGCUGGUUAUCUUCCUUCUUGUCACCAAUGUCCUGCUGCUAAACCUGCUUAUUGCCAUGUUCAGCUACACAUUCCAGGUAGUGCAGGGCAACACCGACAUCUUCUGGAAGUUCCAGAGAUACAACCUCAUUGUGGAAUACCACAGCCGCCCAGCACUGGCCCCACCCUUCAUUAUCAUCAGCCACCUCUCUCAGAUCCUCCUCAGCCUGGUCAAACAGCCCGAGUCCAAGCAGGAGCAUCUUGAGAGGGAGCUGCCAACAGGGCUAGACCAGAGGCUGAUAACAUGGGAGACAGUGCAGAGGGAGAACUACCUGGCCAAACUGGAGCGCCAGCAUUGGGAAAGCAGCGAGGAGAGACUCAAGAGUACCUCAUCGAAGGUUCAGAGCUUGCUGAGGAUUGUCAGUAGGUUUAAGGACCAAGAGAAGAGACUGGCAUCCAUGGAGGCUCAGGUCAAAUACUGUGGAGAGGUGUUGUCCUGGAUGGCAGAGUGCUUUGCUCAAAGCACACUCAAGUGUGGGAAAGAAGCUCCAAGAGCUCCAAUGCCUCUAACGGGCUGCAGGCUAAGCGGCGCCAAAGACGCACCUCAAAGUCAGCCAGAGAAAGAAGUCAAACGGGAAGGGGGAGCACCCACACCAGGUCACCCAGGAUAUGGAGCUAACAAAAAAUUUCCCUAUAUUGAUGAAUAAAAGCAAUAUUAGUAGCUGGUAGCACGCAGACAGCUAGUUGUGAAUGAUCAUACUAUACGAAAGAUUUUUAGAAUAUUUUGAGGUAUGAUGGUGUAAUUGGGGGGGAAAGGGAACACUGACUUGAUUUGGACUCUAAAUUAAUAAAAUGAUGUUGGGUGUAUUCACAGAUGUUUCCAUGGUUUUUGAUUGGUGCUAAAUUUCGGGACACAUUGACACUUUCUGUGGUUGUAAGACUCUCUAAACUCUAAACAUGUUCUCAGCACUACUGUAACUGUACCUUUCUUAUAGGAAACAUUUUACCAGGUUCCUUCAGUGCAACAAAAGGCAGAGGGAAUUAUCAAAUGAGUCACUUACAGAUGGCAUACCAUUUUAGUUCCUUGGUUAUAUAACAAAAACAUACAGGAAUAAAACUCAGCUUUUUUUUUUCCCCCGCCAAUGUAUCAAUGUAUUGUCUAGAACAGUAGAAGACAAUAAAUGUUAGACACCACAGUGGCUGUGAUUUUAUGUAUGCUUAGCUUUAAUUUAAGGCUAUUU